CAAGCCCCACAGGUUAAAAGCGUACUGCCGCGAUAGAAGGUAGAUGUGCAACGUUCAAAGACCGUCGAACACGAGUGCGGCCAACCAAUGUCUAGCUUUCUCCGCGUCGAGGGCACGAAGAUUGUCGAUGGGGAUGGCAAAGAGGUCAUUUUGAGAGGCGCAGGCAUGGGAGGGUGGAUGACAAUGGAGAACUUCAUCAGUGGUUUCCCCGGAUGUGAGUUCCAAAUACGCGCUGCGCUCGCCGAGGUGAUCGGGCAGCAAAAAUCCGAGUUCUUCUUCGACAGAUUCCUUGAACAUUUCUUUGCGGAGGCAGAUGCUGCCUUCUUCAAGUCGCUUGGCCUGAACUGCAUUCGAAUCGCGAUCAACUACCGGCACUUCGAAGAUGACAUGAACCCACGCGUCCUCAAGCUCGAAGGAUUCAAGCACCUCGACCGUGUCGUAGCGGCCUGCGCAAAGCACGGAAUAUACACCAUCCUCGACAUGCACACCGCACCAGGCGGGCAGAACGGCGGCUGGCACUCAGACCACGGCGCGCACACAGCUUCUUUCUGGAUUCAUAAGGACUUCCAGGAUAGGCUGGUCUGGCUUUGGACGGAUAUAGCGAAGCAUUACAAGGACGAGAAGUGGAUUGCGGGCUACAACCCGAUGAACGAACCUGCCGACCCCGAACACGCGGGGCUCAUCCAAUUCUACGACCGCGUAUACGCAGCCAUCCAAUCCAUCGAUCCAAACCAUAUGCUCUUCCUCGAUGGGAACACCUUCGCGUCUGAUUUCACGCGCUUCCCGGACGACGCUGCUGUGCGAUGGCCGAACGCAGCGUACGCGAUCCACGACUACUCGCUGUACGGCUUUCCCAAGUCACCUGAGCCGUAUGAACGCACGGACGAGCAGCGCCGAAGGAUGCGGCGUAGUUAUGAGCGUAAGCGCGAGUGGAUAGACGCGCAGGGCCUCUGUGUGUGGAAUGGUGAGUGGGGUCCUGUGUACGCACGGAGAGAAUACGAUGGCGAGGCGACCGACGAGAUCAACGAGCGACGAUACAACGUCCUCGCUGACCAGUUGGAGAUGUACCAUGAGGACCGCCUCAGCUGGUCCAUCUGGCUGUACAAAGAUAUCGGCUUUCAAGGAAUGGUCUACGUCUCUCGCGAGACAUCCUACAUGCAGCACUUCAAAGACGUUCUCCAUAAGAAGUACCGCCUCGCCGUGGACGCUUGGGGUGCAAAUGAUCGCUUCGUGCGACAUGUGUACGAUCCGCUGGUCGAACUUAUCAAGCGCGAAGUGCCAAACGAAGCCGAUCAGCGGCUGUAUCCCUAUCCAAUCUGGACGCUUGAGCGCCGCGUCGAAGCGAUUUCGAGGAACACCUUGAUGGGCGAGUUCAUGGUCCGCGAGUGGGCGGAACAUUUCCGUGGCAUGGGAGAGAAAGAGUUGGAGCGUCUUGCGGAGAGCUUCAAGUUUGAGAAUUGCAUGAAAAGAGAAGGAUUGAACAAAGCACUCAGGACACAUGCCAGUGAGAGCACCUAA